AUGUAUAUCCCUCUUGUGACAGUUGCUGCGUACUGCGUGGCUGCAUUUCAACCAGCGCUGGCCACGGUGCAUCUCAAGGUACGCGAUCUACAGGCUGCAGGGCUUCGGGAUGCGACUUUUCGCCAUUCUAUCCGAGGAGGCAGUUCUGUAAAAGACAUUCACAGGCUCGAAUCCAGACAAACCGCGCCCCUUCUUGUAGCCCCGACAGCCGAGUGCGACCAGUACGAUGGAUGUUUCUAUGUCAGUUCUGGCAACUAUACGUGGCAGCUCCAAUGCACAACCAAUUACAUCGGAAGUAUCAUAUCGACAGACAAUGCAGACAGCUUGGCCGCAUGCAUUGAAAGUUGUGUCACAUUCAACGCCGCGAAUGAGCCGGGCGCGUGCCUGGGGAUCAACUUCAACGCAGCCAACCACGCAGCUGUGGGACAGUGCACACAGUACUCGGAUGUGCAAGACUUGCUCCUGGCAAGCGAAGAAGGAAAUGUGCAGGACUCUGCGCUGUUGAUUCUGGGGCCAGAUGGACAUAUUUACGCCACGCCGCAGCCAGCACCAACUUUUUCUGGCGCACCAAGUCAGCCUCCAACCGCCGAUCCCGUACCAACAUCGACGACGAGUUCCUCGAAUGCGUCUCCAAGCACCACAGCCUUCAGUACCACCGUAUCAACGGAAAGCCCAGGAGUAGGGUUGGGCACGAUCACAGUCACAACCACUCUGACCAGCACCAACUUUGUCACAUCCUGCCCGCCUGGCGCUACCGCAUGUCUCUCCACCUCAUCGACCUUAGUCUCGCCAUCGUCGAUCAGUGCGGCAUCUAGCGCAGCUAGCAGUUACGCGAGCAGUGGCAACGAGGCAAUAUCUACUACGAUCACCCCCUCGAUAACGCCAACUACACAGGUGACAACCACCCGCUCUGCCACCACUACCACUUCCACAGCGCCAGGAGGCUUUGUAGUGGACGCCAUCACUACAUUGACCAUGGUGGUCCCGGUGACGAUCUACAAGUUCCAGCCAGUCGAUAUCUGUACGGGCAUCACCCCGUCUUGCUCCUUGACAACACUUACAUCGACCAGCGUGGGUUACAGAACUGAGCUUUCGUGCACACCAAGCGCAUGUGCAGGCAUUAGUGCUGGCGCGUUGGCGGACGCUGCAUUCGCGGGGACUUGUAUCCUCUCCUGA